AUGACGGAUUACUGGAAUCUUGAUGCGGCCCUGGCUGAGGAGACUAUCGUUCCCGCUCGGUAUAGUUUUGGUGCUGCGGGCGUGGCCCAGGUACUUGAGCCUGGUUCGUCCAGUAAUGAUGUACAGGCUGGCGACAAGGUCGACACACCGUUGUGGCUGGCAGCCGCGCUGACGCGCAGGGGCAUGGCUACGAUAAGCCUACCUGAAGUCUACCAAGAACGCUAUCGCCGUCGACUCAACGCCGGCGCAGAGUGCUUUAAUUUAAAGGGGCGGUGCCCCUACUUCUACGACGUGGGCAACAAAUGCAACGACUUUCUGCAGGACGUGUCGCUUUCGGCGUUCUUGUCACGGACGUACGCAACGCGCUAUCGGGAGCUUGUGUCAAAGGGCCUUAGUACCAUAUCGGGGGAGGACAUGCUAGAGCUGCAGAGUAAGCUGUCGUUAGAGGAGCUCGCCGUGUUUGAGGCAGGCAGGGACGCUGUGGCGCGAGCGGAGACAUGGGCACGCGGUGCACGGCCACGGUUGGCAGUCAUGACGUCGCGGAAACGGAGUGCGCGGGGUUUGCUCCCAGAACAGCCGGAACCGCGGCAGCGCGUGGAAGGGUUUUAG